CACGCCUCGGUGUCAUGGCAGGAAAUGCGGAAGCGUAGAGAGACCGGAUAAAGAAAACGGUCAAAAUCUAUUUACCAGUUUCAGAAUUCGUUUUAAGACGUUGGAGGACGUCAGUUGAGCGCUUGACGCUUUCGUCAGUAUUGUGGGAACUAAUCUGUCGUUGGUCCGAACAAUUUCUAAACACUCAAGAGCUUCAUCAUGAGUAAUAUGGGGGAAGACAGUGAUUGUGAAGUGGACAGGAUCAUGACGGGCCGGCCGCCUAGCAGUUAUGGCUCCAUGAUGAGUGAAGAUCGUGAAGAUCUCGAUGACUUUGAUGAGCCUCCAGUACAAACGCUCAAAGUCAGUCUGGGAGGACAGACAGAGCUCAGACUGUAUCGCUCAGAAUCACCAGAGACAGCGAUUACUGAGCGUACACACACAAAUCAGUCCAGUGUUCAUAAAGAGGGAGUGUUUUUGAACCAACAUGCCAGCAUACAUGGAGUGGAGGCUUUUACGACCCAACAGAGCAUUGACAGAGAGCCUACAAUGCUGGAGCCGCUGCAGAGCGACAUUAGAACUGACGUUAUAAGAACAGAGAGAGAAAUGGAGGAAGAAAACCAUGAGAGACAAAUGGAGUUCAGUGAGAGAGACACAGAGGAGGUUAAUGAGGGAGCCAUGCAAGUGGAGCAGAAUAAACCAGACGUUCAGGAGGAGAGCAACGAAAGACAAAUCAAUGAUGAUUUUGAUGAAAUUGUUGUAGAUUUGGGCUUCUCCGAAUCUGAGCCUCCCCCUCAUCCUGCAGAAGGCGUCGGUCUACAGUUUCAACAUCCGCACCGCUCCCUCACCCUGCGUCAUGUAUUAAUGGCCAUGGUGACUAGUCUUCGUCCACUCAAGCCAGGAGAGUUGACUUAUUUUAAACGUAGUCUGUGCAGCCACUUCAGAUUCGAGCAUGACUAUUCAACGAUUGCUGAGAUUUCUGAUGCUCUGGAUCUGGCUGAUAAAUUGAUUGAGCUCUGUGGAUUGGGAGAAGCUAUAUAUCUCACUAUACGAUCACUCGAAAACAUCCAAAAGGACAAUCUGGCCAACACUCUGAAGAAGACCUGUAGAAGAGCCUUGUUACAGCAUGAACUGAGACUGACCCACGAAAGGCGGUAUUACUCUCUUUAUGAAGGCCGUUGUCGUCCUGGUCAGCAGCGGUUCAUCAGCGAUGUCUACGUUGAACCUCUAACAGUCAUCAGAGGCGACAGGGACCCUGUCAACACUGAACAUGAGGUCAGACAGAGACCAUGUACGGUCCAGGAGACCAUAAUCAGGGCCGCUGACAUCUUUCGGCCCCUCCCCAAUGAGCAGGAAACAGUCCGUACCGUCAUGAUGACCGCAAUUCCUGGUUCUGGACUGACGGUCGCUGUGAAUAAGUUUAUUAUUGAUUGGAUGGAGGGGAAAACCAAUCAGGACUUUCAGUUUGUAUUCCCACUGCCAGGUAAGGAGCUACACCUUGGAAAAGAGGGUGAUCAGACCUUCCUAGAGAUGCUUGCUACCUUUUUUGCCGAAGCCGAAGAAAUCAGAUUCAUAGAAAAGGAUGAUUGCUUAAGUCUCUUCAUCAUUGACGCUCUAGAUCUUUGUCAUUAUCCACUGGACUUCCAAAACAAUGAGACUGUUACAAGUGUUCGCACCAAAGCAUCCGUGGAGACUCUGAUUAUCAGCUUGAUCAAGGGUACAAUGCUUCCUCAUGCCCGAGUUUGGAUCACUAGCCAUAGAACAGCCGCCCACAAAAUUCCCCCACAAUUCAUCAGCAGGUUUGUAGAGUUGAGAGGAUUUACAGAUGAACAGAAGGAGAUCUACUUCACCAAGAGAACCAGCGAUCCCCAGCUUGGUAGGAAAGUUUUUAACCACAUGAAGCGUUCCAGAUCUCUCCAUAUCAUCUGCCACCUUCCUCUCUUUUGUUGGAUGGUGGCGUACAUCUUCGAACGAUCAUUCCGCGACCCUAAAUUUGGUGAACACCCACCUGGCAUCACAAAUUUCUAUCCACAGUACGUCGUUGUCCAGAUGAACCGAUCGUUUGAGAGGUACCGAGGAUCAAGCGUAGAGGCACAACGAUGGAAGGAUGAAGAUAAGAUGUUUCUGGAGAAGAUGGGGAAGAUGGCAUUUCGGAUGCUUCAAGAUGGACGGGAAACGUUCAGGGUUGAAGAUUUACAUGACGUGGAUCUGAAAUAUGAAGAUUUGUGCACUCGGGAUGAAAUAACCACUGAGGUCAAGCGUACCAGUGAUGACCAGAGUACAUGGCACUUCAAGUUUGUGCACUAUACUUUUCUGGAGUACAUGGCGGCAAUGUACGCAUACGUGGCAUUCAGGAAACAUGGAAAAAAUGUGUUUGAAUCGAAAAACCCGUUAUCCAAGAUGUUAAGCAAGGAUCGUCCCGUGAUUGAGCUGUACCGUCCAGCAAUCGACCGUGCACUGAACUCCCAGAAUGGUCAACUGGACAUGUUUCUGCGGUUUCUGGUCGGAUUAUUAACGCCAGGAACCGAGAACCACCUACGUGGCUACCUGCUCAAUCACUACCAUCCGAAACCCAAAGGGACGGAAGAAGUGGUCAAGUACAUCCACAAAAAGAUCAAGGAAAAUGUCCAUCCUGAAAGGUGCAGGAACCUGGAAUUGUGUCUGGUGGAACUGGAAGAAGGCAAAAAUGACAGCUGAGAGGAAAAAGGCAGGAAAGUGUCUCUUGAGCUGCGCCUUACGUCUGGGACUAUUGGAUACAUUUGACAUCAUGGGACAGUAAAACACUAAACUAAACAGUGUCCUGGACAAAUAUACCAAUUAAAGGGGUAGUUCAUUAAAAAGUUUUGUCAUCUUUUUUUGAAGUUCCAAACUCGUAUGAGUUUCUUUCUUCAGUGAAACACCAAUGGAGACGAUUGAAGAAUAUUAACACUCAAUGAAAGCACAGUAUGGAUAUGAAAUUUGAGAGCUUUGGUGGAGAAGAGGAUUUUCAACGCAUAUCGACAAAAUAUCUCCUUUUGUGUUUCACGCGAGAAAGAAACCCAUGUGGGCUUGGAACAACAAAGGUGAGUAGAUGAUGUAAGAAUUUACAUUUUUGGGUGAAUUAAUUUUGUAAGUCUUUUUGGUACUGAGAACAGAAGACGAGGAUGUUCUGAUGAUGUUUUUGCAUCAGUCCUUUUCUAAAGAAAAAAACAAAACUACUAACAAAUGCUAGCUGCAGCUGAUGGAAUAAGAGGAUGUGAAUAGACAAUAAGGAAAUAAGGAAUAUCAUUGCGUGUAUAAAACAUUUUUUUUAGAGCUUCCAAAAAAUUAUAUGAUUUGAUGAUAUUCGAGAUUGUGUGUGUAUAUAUAUAUAUAUCAUAAACACAUACUUUAUAUUUCUAUAUGUGUAUAUUAUUAAUGCAUUUGCUCUGAAAUGGCUUUAAAGGGAUAUUCCAGGAUACAAGUUAAUUUCAUUCGACAGCAUUUUUUGGCAUAAUGUUGAUUACUACGAAAAUUUAUUUAGACUUUUUUUCUUUUUGUUUAAGCAAAAAUCAAGGUUACAGUGAGGCACGUACAAUGGGAGUGAAUAUGGACAAUCCAUGAAUUUUAAAAUACGGUUUCAAAAGUAUAGUCACAAGAUGUAAACAGUUUGUGUGUUUACAUGAAUUUAGUGUGAUAAAAUCACUUUUCUGUGUAGUUGUCCAAUUUUACAACUUCAUUGCCAUGAUGAUGUGUACAAUCUAAAACAACCGUAACAACGAUGAUUUAAUCAACUUUACAGCUCAAAUAAUACACGGUUUUUUUAUUGCUGAUUUGUUUCUCUCCCCAAUUUGCAAUGCCCAAUUCCCAAUGUCCUCCCAGGUCCUCGUGGUGGCAUAGUGACUCUCCUCAAUCCGUGUGGCGGAGGACGAAUCUCAGUUUCCUCCGUGUUUGACAAUGUCAAUCCGCGCAUCUUAUCACGUGACUUGUUGAGCACGUUACCGUGUGUUGAGGCUUCACGCUAUUCUUCGCGGCAUCUAUGCACAACUCUCCACACGCCCCACCGAGAGCGAAAACCACAUUAUCGCAACCCCAUGUGACUCUACCCUGCCUAGCAACCGGCCAGUUCGGUUGCUUAGGAGACCUGGCUGGAGUCACUCAGCACACCCCGGAUUCAAACUCGCGACUAGUAAGCGUCUUAACUCGCUGAGCUACCCAGACCCCCCUAAUUUCUGACUUUUAAUAAUUGGCCCCCCACUUUAAUUGUAGGUGCCUCGUUGUGAACCCAGAUUUGGUUUUGUGUUAAUCAAAAUGAUGCCACAAAUACUGUUGAUUGAGCUUAACUUGUCUUGAACCCAAAAUAUUAUCUCGCUGUUUACAUUCAUGUAGACGUAUACGACCGUUUGUAUUAAUACCUCACCAGGCAUUUUCAUGCAUAUUUAAAUACAUUUUACCGCUUGGUCGCGUAUCCGCAGUAUCUCUUCGAGCACUCUCAGAUCACAAGCACACAAAGCGCACAUGCUGGUACCAAAAUAAUUAAAUUAAAGUUUUCUUUAAGAUUCCCGUUACUUGUAAAGUUUAUUUCUCUCUCAAUAUUAGGCCUGUUAAGGCAGUCAACCAAUGAUUGUCUUGCAACCGACAUCAUAAACACCUCUGGCACAGAGUAAAAGAUCGAUCUCGUUAUUUUAAGAGUUGAUCGAAUCAUUCAAAAGAACAUUGUUUUACCAGCCUUAGCCAAAUAUCAUCAUAUCAUUUUCAUAUAUUCAGUAUAUUACCGAACCCUAGUAAGCAGUUACAUGUUUGCGUGUGUGUCAUUUUAACUACGUUUUUUACUUUGCUGUUUGGACAAGUAUACUGAAUGGAGACAUUACUUUAGGUGUGUGUUUUAAUGUUCCUAAGAUGUAACUAAAUGGUCUGCACUUAUAUAGCGACUUUUUAACCUUAGUGUUAUUCAAAGCGCUUUACACUGCGUCUUAUUCACCCAUUCACACACACACUCACACACCAAUGAUGGCAGAGCUGCCAUGUAAGGUGCUAGCCUGCCAUUGGGAGCAACUUGGGGUUCAGUGUCUUGCCCAAGGACACUUCGGCACGUGGAGUCGUGUGCGCCAGAAAUUACCCGCUCUACCACCUGAGCAACAGCCGCUUGUUUGUAAAAUGAGCAUUUGUUAUUUUUCAGGUUUAUCACAGAAUAUUGAUAAGAUGGAUUUUUUUGUGUCAUUGCUUCAGAAAUAAAUCAUGUAGUUACAGAUUCAGAAAUCUUUGAAAAGUCUUGAUUCGAGUGGAACGGCAUUUGAGUUGAAUGGAUUUGGGCCACUAUGGCAUUUAAUGUAUAUUUUCUAAGCUGCUGAGCCCAAUGUUGUGAGCUCAAUUGUUUUGAUUUAGCACCAUUGUAUUCUUUAGCAAGAUGCCCUGUGGAGAUUAUCUCUGUAAUAACAGUGUGCUGCCAAUUGUGAAAGCAUUUGCUAAAAAUAAUAAACACGUCCUCUUGUG